AUGGUCACCGCUGCCGAUCCUAGACGUUUUGCAUCCGGCGAUGCGCUAAGGAAUCGCACGACCGAGAUACAGCUCUGGGCGCGUGACUCAAGGCGUAGUGCAGCAGUGUACUGCGACUUUGCGGGCUCGGACGACCGAGACCAAGAGCUCCGCGAGGUCGCUAGUCUUUGCCGCGACAUUCUCGAUGUGAUCAUUUUUGUGGUGCCCAUCACAGCUCAGCGUGGUCAAGGGAGGAAGAAAUUCAUUCGAGAAAUUGCAGACUACCUUCUACAGCGCGAGAAGAGCAAAGAUUUCCGUCCUUUUCUCAUUCUGGCAGCGAAGGUCGAUCAGCUCAGCUUCAAUCGUAGCAAGAGGCCUUCGAUGAGAAUCUCGAAGCAAGCCGACAACAAUUGGUAG